CACGCACACAGACACUUUUGGUUUCCCAGAAAACACGUGACAUGCGCUGAGAGUGGCGGUUCAGCUCAUUUACUUCCUCAUCUGAAUGUUUCGUCGCAGCGGGGAGCCUUUCUUUCUCCGCUUUGAAAACCUUUCACCUGAUUAACUUGUUUUAUGAACACUUUAACCUCAGUUUCUUCCCUUAUAUUUAUACUUUCAUAACUUUUUGCCGUAUGGGACGGAACGUAUUUUCUCCAUUCUACUAUGGAUGAGGAGAGAGAGGAGGGGGACUCUACCCCUAAGACCGCUCUGUCUGGGGAACUAGGCCGCCGGAGCAAAGCUAAGAGCCCAGAGAGGCAGCAGAGAGCAGACUCCCCUGGACCCAGCUGUGUCUCCAUGAAGAGUGGCCACUCUAUGGAUAAUCCUGUUGGGUUUAAAGAUGGAAAUCAGUCUAUUGAGGAGAGAAGAGUCCAGCAGGAGAGAGCAGGCUCCCCUGGACCCAGCUGUGUCUCAAUGAAGAGUGACCGCUCUAUGCAAGAACCAGUUAACUUUAAAGAUGGAAAUCAGUCUAUUGGGAAAAGACACCAGGAGAGGUCAAAGGUCACCAGUGCUCAGUCCGUACAGCAGCAUCAAACAGAGCUGGAGAUGAACCAGGAGGAACUGGCCGACACACUGGGGGGCGGUCUCCAGUCUACUAUGGAUGAGGAGAGGGAAGAGGGGGGUCCUACCUCUAAGACCACUCUGUCUGGGGAACAUGGCCGCCGGAGCAAAGCUAAGAGACACCAAGAGAGGUCAAAGGUCACCAGUGCUCAGUCUCUACAGCAGCAUCAAACAGAGCUGAUCAAGAGGGCUGAGGAGAACGCACACGCUUUUCUAGACAAGGAGCUGAAGAAGCUCUGGAGGGAUCUCUUCUCAGAUUACCCACAAUGCUCAGAGAGUCAGAGGGAAGAGGAGGAGGAGGAGGAGGAGGAGGAUGGUAAGAAGGAGGAGCAGAGGAGGCGCGCCAUAGAGGGAGUGGUGCACAUCACAAAGCUCUGCCUGAUGGAGAUGAACCAGGAGGAACUGGCCGACACACUGUGGGGCGGAUCUGCUGCUGAAAAUCAACAGAAAAUCAAGUCUCAUUUGAAGAAGAAGUUCAGGUGUGUGUUUGAGGGAAUCGCUAAAGCAGGACAUUCAACACCUCUGAAUGACUUCUACACAGAGAUCUUCAUCACAGAGAGAGGCAGUGGAGAGGUCAACAAGGAACAUGAGGUCAGACUGAUUGAAACCGCUUCCAGGAAACCAGUCAAGGAGGAAACACCAAUCAGAUGUGAGGACAUCUUUAAACCCUUGCCUGGAAAAGAUAAACCAAUCAGGACAAUAAUGACAACUGGAGUGGCCGGCAUUGGUAAAACCGUCUUAACACACAAGUUCAUUCUGGACUGGGCUGAAGGCAAAACCAACCAGGACAUACACUUCACAUUUCUCCUCACUUUCAGAGAGCUGAAUUUACUGAAAGGGAAAGAGUUUAGCUUGGUGGAACUGCUUCAUCACUUCUUUAUUGAGACCAAAGAAGCAGGAAUCUGCAGAUUCCACCGGUUCCAAGUUGUCUUCAUCUUGGAUGGACUGGAUGAGUGUCGACUUCCUCUGGACUUCCAGAACAACCCGAUCUGGACUGAUGUCACAAAGUCCACCUCGGUGGACGUGCUGCUGACGAACCUCAUCAGGGGCGACCUGCUUCCCUCCGCUCGCAUCUGGAUAACCACACGCCCUGCGGCAGCCAAUCAGAUCCCUGCUCAUUGUGUUGACAUGGUGACAGAGGUGAGAGGGUUCACCGACCCACAGAAGGAGGACUACUUCAGGAAGAGAUUCAGAGAGGAGUCGCAGGCCAGCACAAUCAUCUCCCACAUCAAGAAAUCACGAAGCCUCCACAUCAUGUGUCACAUCCCAGUCUUCUGUUGGAUCACUGCUACAGUUCUGGAGGACUGCUUCAAAACAUCCCAGAAAGGAGAAGAGAUGCCCAAGACCGUGACUCAGAUGUACAGCUACUUCUUGAGGGUUCAGUCCAUACAGGGGGACAGAAAGUACCAUGGGAGAGCUGAAACAGAUCAAAACUGGAGUUCAGAGAGCAGGGAGAUCAUUGUUUCUCUGGGAAAACUGGCUUUUAACCAGCUGACGAAAGGCAACCUGAUCUUCUACGAGUCAGACCUGGCAGAGUGUGACAUCGAUAUUAAAGAAGCCUCAGUGUUCUCAGGAGUGUUCACCCAGAUCUUUAAAGAGGAGUGUGGGCUGUACCAGGACAAGGUGUUCUGCUUUGUCCAUCUGAGCCUCCAGGAGUUUCUGGCUGCCCUUUAUGUCUUCAGGUCCUUUAUCAACACCGGGGUCAAUCUGCUCACAGAAGAACAGCCAACCUCCGGUGAAGAUAAAAUCAACCUUUUCUACCAGAGUGCUGUGGACAAGGCCUUACAGAGUAAGAACGGACACCUGGACUUGUUCCUCCGCUUCCUCCUGGGCCUCUCUCUGGAAAACAAUCAGAAUGUCCUGCGAGGUCUGCUGGGACAGACAGGGAAUAGAUCACUGAUCACUCAGUUUAAACAAUAUCUGCUGGGACAGACAGGAAGGGGCUCACAAGAAGAAAACAGUGUCACCAAGAGGAAAACAGUGUCUUACAUCAAGAAGAAGAUAGGUGGAGAUCUCUCUCCAGAGAGAAGCAUCAAUCUGUUCCACUGUCUGAAUGAGCUGAACGACCAUUCUCUAGUGGAGGAGAUCCAACAGUCCCUGACAUCAGGAAGUCUCUCCAGAGAAUCUCUUUCACCUGCUCAGUGGUCAGCCCUGGUCUUCAUCUUACUGUCAUCAGAAGAAGAGAUGGAAGUGUUUGACCUGAAGAAAUACUCAGCUUCAGAGAAGGGUCUUCUGAGGCUGCUGCCAGUGAUCAAAGCCUCCAAAAGAUCUCUGCUGAAUGGUUGUCAUCUGUCAGAGAGAUGCUGUGAAGCUCUGGCCUCAGUUCUCAGCUCCAACUCCUCUAGUCUGAGAGAGCUGGACCUGAGUACCAAUGAUCUGCAGGAUUCAGGAGUGAAGCUGCUCACUGCUGGACUGGGGAGUCCACACUGUGCACUGGAAACUCUAAGGCUGACUGGCUGUCAUCUGUCAGAGAGAUGCUGUGAAGCUCUGGCCUCAGUUCUCAGCUCCAACUCCUCUAGUCUGAGAGAGCUGGAUCUGAGUACCAAUGAUCUGCAGGAUUCAGGAGUGAAGCUGCUCUCUGCUGGACUGGGGAGUCCACACUCUACACUGGAAACUCUAAGGCUUAAUGGCUGUCAUCUGUCAGAGAGAUGCUGUGAAGCUCUGGCCUCAGUUCUCAGCUCCAACUCCUCUAGUCUGAGAGAGCUGGAUCUGAGUACCAGUGAUCUGCAGGAUUCAGGAGUGAAGCUGCUCUCUGCUGGACUGGGGAGUCCACACUGUACACUGGAAACGCUCAGGCUUAAUGGCUGUCAUCUGUCAGAGAGAUGCUGUGAAGCUCUGGCCUCAGUUCUCAGCUCCAACUCCUCUAGUCUGAGAGAGCUGGACCUGAGUACCAAUGAUCUGAAGGAUUCAGGAGUGAAGCUGCUCUCUGCUGGACUGGGGAGUCCACACUGUACACUGGAAACUCUCAGGCUUAAUGGCUGUCAUCUGUCAGAGAGAUGCUGUGAAGCUCUGGCCUCAGUUCUCAGCUCCAACUCCUCUAGUCUGAGAGAGCUGGAUCUGAGUACCAAUGAUCUGCAAGAUUCAGGAGUGGAGCUGCUCUCUGCUGGACUGGGGAGUCCACACUGUACACUGGAAACUCUCAGGCUUAAUGGCUGUCAUCUGUCAGAGAGAUGCUGUGAAGCUCUGGCCUCAGUUCUCAGCUCCAACUCCUCUAGUCUGAGAGAGCUGGACCUGGGUACCAACGAUCUGAAGGAUUCAGGAGUGAAGCUGCUCUCUGCUGGACUGGGGAGUCCACACUGUACACUGGAAACUCUCAGCUUGUCUGGCUGCCUGGUCACACAGGAAGGCUGUGCUUCUCUGGCCUCAGCUCUGAGCUCCAACCCCUCCCACCUGAGAGAGCUGAACCUGAGCUACAAUCACCCAGGAGACUCUGGAGCUGCGCUGCUCUCUGCUGGACUGGAGGAUCCACGCUGGAGACUGGACACUCUCAGUGUGGAGCACGGUGGAGUGUGGAGGCUGAAACCAGUUCCACAGAGAUAUGCCUGUGACCUCACACUGGACCCCAACACGGCCCACAGACGACUCUCUCUGUCUGAGGACAACAGGAAGGUGACGUGGGCUGGAGGGGACCAGUCGUAUCCGGAUCACCCAGACAGAUUUGACUCCAGGCCCCAGGUGUUGGGUAGAGAGGCUCUGACUGGCCGCUGUUACUGGGAGGUAGAGUGGGAAGGAGGGGUUAGGAUAGGAGUGACAUACAGAGGAAUCACAAGGAGAGGAGGGGGUGGUGACAGCUGGCUUGGAGAGAACAACAAGUCCUGGGUUCUUUAUUGUUAUGAUGGUGGUUACUCUGCCCGGUACAACGGUACAGAGACAGCCCUCCCUCUCCGCCCCGCUGGCUCCACCAGAGUAGGAGUGUAUCUGGACCGGCCUGCUGGCUCUCUGUCCUUCUACAGAGUGUCCCCAGGUGGAGGAGGGUCCUCAGACACACUGACACACCUCCACACCUUCUGCUCCUCCUUCACCCAGGAGGACCUCCUCCCGGGGGUCUGGGUGGGGUGGUGGGGGGGGUCCUCAGGGGGGUCCUCAGUGACUCUGUGUCAGUUGUAGAAAAACAAAACGGGCAACGGGGCCUCAGU